AUGUAUCUAUCGUUAUAUCUGACUCUCUCUCAGUCUGUCUAUCGAUCAAUCUAUUUAUAUCUGACUUUUUCAUCUAUCUCUAUCUAUUUAUCUAUCUAUCUAUCUAUCUAUCUCUAUCUAUCUCCUUUUCUUUUUUCCAAUCUAGCUAGCUCAAUCCUUUUUCAUGUAUCUAUCGUUAUAUCUGACUCUCUCUCAGUCUGUCUAUCGAUCAAUCUAUUUGCGUCUUUUUCAUAUCUAUCUAUCUAUCUAUCUAUCUAUCUAUCUAUCUAUCUAUCUAUCUAUCUAUCUCCCUUUUCAUUUUCCAAUCUAGCUAGCUCAAUCCUUUUUCAUGUAUCUAUCGUUAUAUCUGACUCUCUCUCUCUCAGUCUGUCUAUCGAUCAAUCUAUUUGCGUCUUUUUUUUCAUCUAUCUAUCUAUCUAUCUAUCUAUCUAUCUAUCUAUCUAUCUAUCUCCCUUUUCAUUUUCCAAUCUAGCUAGCUCAAUCCUUUUUCAUGUAUCUAUCGUUAUAUCUGACUCUCUCUCAGUCUGUCUAUCGAUCAAUCUAUUUGCGUCUUUUUUUUCUAUCUAUCUAUCUAUCUAUCUAUCUAUCUAUCUCUCCUUUUUUUCAAUCUAUAGCUCAAUCUUUUUCAUCUAUCUAUCGUUUUCAUUUUCCAAUCUGUCUAGCUCAAUCUAUUUUCAUCUUUUAUCUAUCUAUAUAUCUAUCUAUCUAUCUCUCAGUCUUUCUAUCUAUCUAUCUCCUUUUCCUUUUCAAUCUUCUAUCUAUCGUUUAUCAUCGUUUCUAUCUAUCUAUCUAUCUAUCUAUCUAUCAUAUAUCUAUCUAUCUAUCUAUCUAUCUAUCUAUCUCCUUUUCAUUUUCCAAUCUAGCUAG